AUGCCACCAUGGUGGGGAAGGUCUUCAUCCAAAGAAGUAAAGAAGUCGGCCACAGAAAAUCUAAUUGACACAUUUCAGCGGUUCAUAAGUCCAAGUGAGCAAAAGGGGAGCACAAAAUCACGAGGGGGUCGCAGACGUGGUAAAGACCAAACUGCUGAGAAACGUUGCUGGUCUACUGCCCACUCACGCUCCACAUCCCCUUCAAAAGAGGUUUCUCGCUGUCAAAGCUUUGCAACAGAUAGAGCACAUGCACAACCACUCCCUCUUCCUAGAUCACGUGCUGGGGUGAGACGUAUUGUAUCUGAUAAUCCCGACUCAAAGCCCAUUUUGGAGAAGAGUGGUACAGGACAUCAACUACCACUGCCAGCCCUGAACCGGCUUGCAAAUGCUUCUGUCUCCAGCAACAGUUCUAUUGACAGUGAUGAUCGUGCAGAUUCUCAACUUCAGAGCCCCGCAGGAAACGAGGUGACCAAUGUUACAGCACCGAGUAGUUCAAGCGGUGUGCGUAAAGAGUGUUCAGGUGCUACCACCAGAAGGAGCACCAAGGAAGUGACAAAGCCAAGAAAUGCUUUUCCUAGUAACCAAAUUCUGUCUACAUCUCCAAGUGGUGCUGUCACUGACAGUUACCAAUCUAGUUUGCAAAAUUCACGACAAGUUGCUCUUGAGAGUGCUCCAAAUAGUUUGAUGUCAAGCCCUUCUCAAAGCCCAAGAACAAUAUUUCCUGACCAGAUUCCAACAUCAGCUUUUUGGGCGGUUAAGCCUCAGCCAGACGUAGUUUUCCUUGGGUCUGGUCAGUGCUCCAGUCCAGGCUCAGGGCAAACAUCUGGGCAUAAUUCAGUGGGAGGUGAUAUGCUAGCUCAGUUCUUUUGGCAGCCUAGCCGAGGUAGUCCAGAGUGUUCACCAAUUCCAAGCCCAAGAAUGACGAGUCCUGGUCCAAGUUCAAGGGUGCAUAGCGGAAGUGUGUCUCCGUUGCAUCCAAGGGCUGGUGGGAUUGUACCUGAAUCUCCAACUAGCCGGCGUGAUGAGGGGAAGAAAAGGCAAACCCACCGAUUGCCUCUUCCACCAUUAAGCAUCUCUAACAGUUCCCCAUUUUUACCGAACAACUCCGCACCAACAAGUCCUAUAUCUCGUAGUCCUGGUAGAUCAGAGAAUCCACCCAGUCCUGGACCACGGUGGAAGAAGGGAAAGCUGAUUGGGCGUGGCACAUUCGGCCAUGUAUAUGCUGGCUUCAACAGUGAUAGAGGCCAAAUGUGUGCAAUGAAGGAGGUUACCCUUUUCUCAGAUGAUCCCAAGUCAAAAGAAAGUGCAAAACAGUUGGGCCAGGAAAUAUCACUUCUGAGCCGUCUGCAACAUCCAAAUAUUGUACGAUACUAUGGAUCUGAAACGGUUGAAGAUAAGCUUUAUAUAUACCUGGAGUUUGUGUCCGGUGGAUCCAUCCACAAACUUCUCCAGGAGUAUGGACAGUUUGGUGAACAAGCAAUUCGGAAUUAUACUAAGCAAAUACUUUUGGGCUUAGCUUUUUUGCACGCGACGAAUACAGUUCACAGGGAUAUUAAAGGUGCAAACAUAUUAGUAGACCCUAAAGGCCGCGUAAAGCUUGCUGACUUCGGAAUGGCGAAACACAUCAAUGGGCAGCAGUGUCCUUUCUCACUUAAGGGUAGCCCAUACUGGAUGGCUCCUGAGGUUAUAAAGAAUUCGAGCGGAUGCAACCUUGCUGUUGACAUAUGGAGUUUAGGAUGCACAGUUCUAGAGAUGGCUACCUCAAAACCUCCAUGGAGCGAAUAUGAAGGGAUUGCUGCAAUGUUCAAGAUAGGUAACAGCAAGGAGCUUCCACCAAUACCGGACCACCUUUCUGAAGAGGGCAAGGAUUUCAUACGUCAGUGCCUGCAACGUGAUCCAUCUAGCCGUCCAACAGCUGUGGAUCUUUUGCAGCAUUCAUUUGUACGAAGUGCAUCACCACUUGAAAGACCAGCUGCCUCUGUUCCAUUGGAACAGUUGGCUGCUAUAUCUUGCAAACCAAGUUCUAAGGUGGUUGGGCAGGCCAAAAAUAUGCCCUCUUUGGGCUUGGAAGGGCAAUCCAUUUACCAAAGAAGAGCUGCCAAGUUUUCUUCAACAAACAGUGGGAUUCAUAUUUGGAGUAAUACAUCUUGCCCAGUUUCUCCGUGUGGAAGCCCUCUUCUAAGGUCAAGAUCCCCACAACAUCAAAAUGGUAGAAUGUCACCAUCUCCAAUUUCUAGCCCCAGAGCUACUUCUGGUGCUUCCAGUCCUGUGGGAGGUGUCCAUGGAGCUAUUCCGUUUAGCCAUGCCAGACAACCAGCUUACAGCAAUGAGGGAUUCACAAUUGCACCGAGAGGCCUUGAUAAAAACUUGCCUACCAGGCCUCCGGAUCCGGUCCUUGGUCAUUUUGGUAGAGCGCAGCAAUUCUCGACAGGCACUCAGGAGAGGGUGAUCUCUGAAUGUGACAUUCUGAGACCUCAGACUGGAAAAAUGAGACGGCUCAAUGUGCAAGAUUUGAAUGCUACCACAUUGCCUUCCAAGCAUGUUUCUCAGCAUGGCUCUGGGAGUCACGUGAGGCUAAAACCUUCACUGGACUUGACAUCUGGUAAUCAGCGCCUUGUGCGCAACCAUGGUCAUUGA